AUGGCUUUCAAAAAACUCCUUCAAUUUGCAAUCAGCGCGGUUUCUAUCAAAGCCAUAUUCGCGCACCAGAUCCCUUUGGGCGACACUAUUGAACAGCCUGAGACGUGGUUGUCAAAAUAUGGUCCCCAGAUUGACCAACCUUUCUCUGGACCAUUGGCAUUUUCUCAUAUGACUUAUUCCCGUUGUCUGGAAGAUGAAUCCGCGCAGUUUGAUAUAGCAGUUCUCGGUAUGCCUUUUGAUACGGGCACAUCCUAUCGCCCUGGUGCUCGCUUCGGACCCUAUGCGAUUCGUUCAGGCAGCAGAAGACAGAGGGAGGCUCGCGGAUAUAGUUUGGCUUGGGGCAAUAACCCAUACGAGCAAGGAUCAAAAAUAAUUGACUGUGGCGACGUUCCGAUCAUUCCAUUCGACAAUGUUCUGGCCAUGGACCAAAUGGAAGUCGCGUAUUCUACUUUGUUAAAUCGUCCUAUCGCCUCCAGCCAGUCUGUUUGGGCGAAUGGUGCCCAACUUGCGAAGGACGGACGUGAGCGCCCAAGGAUCGUCAGCCUUGGAGGCGAUCACACAAUCGUGCUUCCAAUUCUUCGUGCUCUUAACAAGGUAUAUGGACCGGUUUCUGUUAUUCACUUCGAUGCGCACCUCGACACCUGGAAUGGAUAUCCGGGAACAGUGACUGAGCAGUCGCGUGUUACCCACGGAACCUUCUUUUAUGUAGCUAAUGAGGAAGGCUUGGUUUCGAACUCGAGCAUUCAUGCUGGUAUCCGAUGCAAAUUAGUGGGACUGGGAGACAUUGAAAAUGAUGAAUCAGUUGGAUUCCACUUCAUCACGAGCGAUGACAUCGACGAUCACGGGGUUCCCGCGAUCAUCAAACGCAUACGGGAGCGUGUUGGUGACACACCUGUCUACUUGAGUCUUGACAUUGAUGUUAUUGAUCCUGGUCUUGCACCUGCUACGGGUACUCCCGAGGCGGGAGGCUGGACGAGUAGAGAGGUCAAACGAAUCAUCCGUGGUCUGGCCGGAUUGAACUUCGUUGGCGCCGACAUAGUGGAAGUCGCUCCUGUCUAUGAUCAUGCCGAAAUCACAGGCACGGCGGCGGCCGAUCUUGUCCACGAUUUUCUAUCGAUGUUCAUGUCUCAAUCGCCUCCCACACCACACGCACUUCCUGGUUCUUGGCUUCGAGAUGAACUUUGA